ACAGUGAGACGGUUUAAGCGGAAGCAUCUCACAGCCAUCGAAUGCCAACAUUUGGCCCGGAGUCAUUUGGCUGCGGCUCAGCCCUUUGGUCAAAGAUGGACAAACAGAGAUCCGAACCAUGGUCUCUAUCCUAAACCCAGAACAAAAAGAGGCAGUAGGGGUCAAGGCCGUCAAAGAUGCACCUCUGAGUUCUGCCUAGCUGGCCAGCAUUUGCGCACCAAUGACAUGGCCAAAAGCAAUUCUGUGGGCCAGGAUGACUGUCAGGACUCUGAGGGUGACAUGAUCUUUCCUGCAGAGAGCAGCUGGGCCCCGGCGCAGGAAGGUGAUGAGGCGAGACUGGGCUUGCCGGGGUGUGCUGUGCCCUCCAGGAAGCGAUCUCGGUCCUCGGAGGAAGAGAGCAACCCGGCCACAGGCACCAGCCAGUGGGAUGGGGGUUCUAAGAAGGCCCCACGGCAUCACCUGUCUGUGCCGUGCACACAGCCCGGGGGGGCCAGGCAGGAAGUGGAGGAUGGUGUGUCACAGCUCUCUGCAGAGCCUGAAGAAGCUGACCACGAUGCCGGGGAUGCUGGCCCGGAGCCUGUUUGCGACCCGUACUACGGUCUUCUGGGGGCCACGCCAUGCCCAGAGGCGCCAAGCCACAUCUGCAGCCUGCCCAGCGAGGUCCUGAGGCACGUCUUCGCCUUCCUGCCGGUGGAAGACCUCUACUGGAAUCUGAGCCUGGUGUGCCGCCUCUGGAGGGAGGUCAUCAGUGACCCGCUGUUCAUUCCGUGGAAGAAGCUGUACCACCGGUACCUGCUGAACGAGGAGCAGGCCGUCCGCCGCGUGGACGGAGACACGCGGUUCUGGAAGAACAACAGAGCUCUGUGUCCAGUGCCGACUGCUGCUUUGCUGCCUGGCUCGCAGGGUGUGAACGUGUGGGCGCUGGUGGCAGCCGUGGUGCUCCUCUCUGGCGGCGUGGGCGACAUCCAGCGGCUGCUCUUCUGCCUCAGGAGACCCAGCUCCACGGUGACAGUGCCGGACAUCACCGAGACCCUGUACUGCAUUGCUGUGCUUCUCUACGCCAUGAGGGAGAAGGGGAUUAACAUCAGCAACAGGAUUCACUACAACAUUUUCUAUUGCCUAUAUCUUCAGGAGAAUUCCUGUGCUCAGGCCCCCAGAGUUCAAGAGGAGCCAUCUGUCUGGUCCGGCAAGAAGACCAUCCAACUGACACACGAGCAGCAGCUGAUUCUGAACCACAAGAUGGAGCCACUCCAGGUGGUAAAAAUCAUGGCGUUCGCAGGCACCGGGAAGACCUCGACCCUGGUGAAGUACGCGGAGAAGUGGUCUCAGAGCAGGUUUCUGUACGUGACGUUCAACAAGAGCAUCGCGAAGCAGGCGGAGCGCGUCUUCCCCAGCAACGUCACCUGCAAGACCUUCCACUCCAUGGCCUACGGGCACGUCGGGCGGAAGUACCAGUCGAAGAAGAAGCUGAAUCUCUUCAAGUUGACGCCCUUCAUGGUCAAUUCUGUCCUUGCUGAAGGGAAAGGCGGAUUCAUAAGGGCCAAGCUAGUCUGCAAGACGCUAGAAAACUUCUUUGCCUCAGCUGAUGAAGAGCUGACCAUCGAUCACGUGCCUAUUUGGUGUAAGAACAGCCAAGGACAGAGAGUCAUGGUUGAACAGAGUGAGAAGCUGAACGGCGUCCUGGAGGCCAGCCGCCUGUGGGACAACAUGCGGCAGCUGGGGGAGUGCGCCGAGGAGGCCUACCAGAUGACGCACGACGUGACGCAGGACAGUAAGUCUGCGCCAGGCCCAGGGUCUUACCGGAUGACGCACGACGUAGGCCGCGCCGGGCUCGGGGCCCCACGUGGUGACGCACGGCGUAGAUGCCUCAUUUUCCCUCCUGCUUUUGCAGCCAUCAUGAACAUAGUUCUGUCUCAGCCAUGUGGGAAAAUCUUUGUCGGGGACCCUCACCAGCAGAUCUACACCUUCCGGGGCGCAGUCAACGCUCUGUUCACCGUGCCCCACACGCACGUCUUCUAUCUCACGCAGAGUUUUAGAUUUGGUGUGGAGAUUGCUUAUGUGGGAGCCACGAUCUUGGAUGUUUGCAAGAGAGUGAGGAAGAAGACAUUGGUCGGAGGAAACCAUCAGAGUGGCAUUAGAGGUGAUGCCAAGGGGCAAGUGGCCCUGUUGUCUCGGACCAAUGCCAACGUGUUUGAUGAGGCCGUCCGGGUGACCGAAGGGGAUGCACCUUCAAGGAUACAUUUAAUUGGGGGGAUUAAAUCAUUUGGAUUGGACAGAAUCAUUGAUAUUUGGAUCCUCCUUCAGCCAGAGGAAGAACGGAAGAAACAAAACCUCAUCAUCAAAGACAGAUUUAUCAGAAGAUGGGUACACAAAGAAGGCUUCAGUGGCUUCAAGAGGUAUGUGACGGCUGCCGAGGACAAGGAGCUCGAAGCCAAGAUCGCUGUGGUCGAAAAGUACAACAUCAGGAUCCCAGAACUGGUGGCCAGGAUUGAAAGGUGCCACAUCGAAGACCUGGACUUUGCAGAGUACAUCUUGGGCACUGUGCACAAAGCCAAGGGCCUGGAGUUCGACACUGUGCACGUUCUGGAUGACUUCGUGAAAGUGCCUUGUGCCCGGCAUAACCUGUCCCAGCUACCCCACUUCCGCGUGGAGUCAUUUUCCGAGGAUGAAUGGAACCUACUGUAUGUUGCAGUAACUCGUGCCAGGAAGCGGCUCAUCAUGACCAAAUCGCUGGAAAACAUUUUGACUUUGGCAGGGGAGUAUUUCCUGCAAGCAGAGCUGACGAGCAGCGUUUUAAAGACGGGAGUGGUUCGCUGCUGUGUGGGGCAGUGUGAUAACGCCAUCCCCGUUGACACCGUCCUCACCAUGAAGAAACUCCCCAUCACCUACAGCAACAGGAAGGAGAACAAGGGCGGUUACCUGUGCCACUCUUGUGUGGAGCAGCGCAUCGGGCCACUGGUCUUCCUGACGGCCUCCCCAGAGCAGGUGCGUGCCAUGGUGCGCACCGUGGAGAAUAUCGUGCUGCCGCGGCACGAGGCCCUGCUCUUCCUCGUCUUCUGAGCCAGGCGGACCUUCUCCAUGGCGCAGAGUGGCAGGCUGGGGGCCCCACGCGCUGAGGCCAGCCAGCGGGGCAGGGCUCCCCCCGAGACACUGGGCUCUGAGGAAGCAGACGCCCACCCGGCUGGACCUGCCGGCUCCCCGUUCCCUGCACACGCCUGUCUCCGCUCACCACCCUCCGUGUGCAUCAGGUUGGGGAGGCAGGGGCUGCUUUUUUGAUAAAAAAACAUUUUAUGUAUUUAAACUUUUAUUACAAGGUUUCAAUUAAACAAGCACCGUAGCACUGGC